AUGAGCGUAGUCCUGAACUCUUUUAGUAACCAUUCAUUCAGAGAUCCAUCUUUGAUUGCCAUCGAAAUUUCCUCCAAAAUGACUUGGUUCAAGAGUUUGAAAGAAGAUGUGAGGGCAACCGUCAGUAAUUCUUCGAAGAGCCAAAGAUCUAAACAGGCGUUGUCUGCUAGCAGAGCGCAAGGAAACCACCGUCCCCAUAAAGUAGAUAGAGUAGAUGGAAAUGACAAUAUGGUGGGCCAGGCAGUGACUGGUGUUGUUGAGGCCACCUUUGAUGCUGGGUAUAUGCUCACUGUUAGAAUUGGCAACUCCAAUACAACUUUGAGAGGUGUUGUUUUCAAGCCAGGACAUUACGUUCCUGUUACAGCUGAGAAUGACAUAGCCCCACACGUUCAAAUGAUCAGAAGAAAUGAUAUACACUUCUCAGCUCCAAACCAAACUUGGUCGCGUGCCCAGAAACUUGCAAUUCAAACAGCUGGUACAGUAGGCGCAAAACGCAAAUACGCAUCUCCAAAGGUUGUUUCUUCUGUUCCUCCAGUGGGCGUGAGGGGCACUGUGGUUCCUGUUGUAUUGCAACCUGUCAAUCCAUCAGGUGGGCUGCCAACUUCCAGCCAAAUGUCUUCUGGUGCAUCCCAAGCUGCUUCUAUGUUGUUUUUGGAGGACAAAGAUGUGGAGACAGUUGAACCAUUAGCUAUGUUACCACCUGUUCAAUCUAUACCUGCUGGCCAGAUUCCAAUUGCCGUACAACCCCAAUUUGGGCACCAAGGUGCACAAGAUAGUGUGCAGAAUGAAAAUGCUUCAUCAGAAGAAGGCACGCCUGAGGUUGAAAAAGGAGAGAAAGGCAUGGAAUCUAUGGAGCUACAAAUGGCAGGCUCUUCAAGAUCAUCAGAGGUUCACAAAAAAAAUGGUGAGGAUGCAUGGGAACCUUCACCUGAAGAUUAUGGUGUCAAUGGAUCCUUCUCAACUGUGGCCUCACAAACUGCAUCUGUCUCGACACCUCUGUACAAUUAUGGAACUGGAAGGAUGACUGAACUUUUGCAGGCUUUGCAGGAAAAUAUGAAGGAGAUUCCCCUUCCCGUACCUGAACAUCUAACUUCUGCAUCUUCUGCUUCGGAAGUUGAAUUUCAUGAAGCUAAGAGUGCUGAAACUGAUCCAAAAGAAUGA